UUGGAGCAGCAGUGUGUUGUUUCAUCACAGAUCAAAAGCCAACGGGGCUGACACUCCUUUAAAGUGUCCCCUUCCUUUGGCGAGCAGUGGCGGAGAGGACGCUGGUUUCCAACAUGCCUCUUUAGGCGCGUCGUUUACCUGGGAAUAUUAUUCUGGACGUUUCUCUUUUUACCCCCCAGUAGGUCAGACAAUAAGUUUGAACAAUGAUCCCGCCGGUGGAGGUCUCCGUGUUUCUCAUUUCCCUCUUGGCUCCUGGAGUUUUAUACACCUUGAACAACAUCCCUGCACUUCAGGAACCUUUACCUAUCCUGGGGAUGGGAAUGGUCAUUUUAGGGUCCGUUCUUUUCGUCCUCCUCGUCACCGUGCAGCACAAGAACAAAGUGGACCCUUUAUUCUAUGUGUUUGCAGAGUUCUCCUUCACCUGCAUGGUCGGCCUGACCAACGCUUUAGAGCAGGACGGCGUCAUUUCUGGCUUCAUGGGCUUUUAUCUAAAGAUGGGUGAGCCCCAUCUGAGCUCUGCCUACGCUGUUAUGAUGUCUUACUGGGAAGGAAUUGUCCACUUUGUCCUCUUCCAAACAAUCAUCCAUCGCAUGUUCAAAGGGAAGUCGUAUCGGAGCCUGGGCCUGCUGUGGGCCGGCUCCUCCAUCGCCCAUCAAAUUGUUCUCAUUCCCGGAGUGGUCAUUGGUAAAUAUGGCUCAGACAUUCGACCAGCCUUUUGGAGGAACGUGCCAUUCUUUGUGGUGCCUUUCUGGGCCGCCUCCCUGCUCUUUACCAGACCCAGAGAGAUGCCAGUUAUCACAGCAGACAAGGUUGCAGAAGAGCAGAAGAAAGGUUUGCUGUCCCGACCGGUCGACCUGCUCCUCUCUCUUCUGUUGAUGGGAGCGAUGGCCUUCUCUGUCUUCAGAGGCUUUGUGGUGCUCGACUGUCCUCUGGACACCUGUUUCACCUACAUCUAUCAGUAUGAGCCAUAUCUCAAAGACCCAGUUGGCUUCCCCAGAGUUACGAUGCUGGUGUAUUUAUUUUAUGCUCUGCCCCUGCUGGCUGUUCUCAUCUAUGGUCUGAAAACACCUGGGUGCAGCUGGAUGUUGGACUGGACUAUCUUUUUUGCCGGAGCCAUGGCUCAGAGCCAGUGGUGUCAUAUUGGUGCAUCUUUGCACUCACGCACUCCCUACACGUACCGGGUCCCAGUCGACAAAAGGUGGCCUGUUAUCACCCUCAACGUGUUGCUUGCUGCUGUGCCAAUUCUGCUGGCCCUGCGCUGCUACACCAAUCCUGCCUUUUUUAUGAAACCUGUUCCCAAGGGCCAGACCAGCAACGAGAAGAAGAAAGACUGAACGGUACACUGGCCGCAGACUCUAAAAGAAUACCUCACACCAUGACAAGGCUAAUGUUUUCUGGGGACUCUCUUUAGUGCACAAACUGCUUCAAAAACACACAUUUUUGGCCGUAAAACCCGGAGAAAAUCUCAAAGCAUCAAUCACGACGAACAGCACUCCCUGCAUGGACUAUUGGACUCUGAUAAGAAAGCAGUAGAUGAAGUUGAGGGCUGUGAUCAUCUUGCACAGCUUUGAGGUGACUCAUAUAGAUACCCAGAUGGUGUCUUCACAAACUACCUGAAUAUACAGGUUGACAACACACUGCUGGAAAAUAAAGUCAGGACAGCUUAGACUUUGUUUUUACUGAUCCAAAACUAUGAGGAUAAAUGAACACAACCAGUAACUUUCACCGGAAAAUAAAUAACUUCAGACUUUGUGACAUGGAAAAUGGUAGUUUAGCUGGUGAAACUGAAACUGUGCAGUGUCUGGUUGCACAUGUUGCCACUAGAGCUACAUCUACCUGAGAUUUUAAGAUUUCAUUGAGCUGAAAUUAGAAACGAUUCUGUGUUUUUGGUUGAUGAAUGACUUAAAAAUUCUGUCCAUUGAUUCGACUAAUUUAAGUAAUGGUUGUGUCUGUGUCUGCUGUAGUUUUUAUUUUGUAAAAAUAAAACCAAAUG